GUGCGCUGUGGAGCGGGCGAGCCGAGCCAUGGAGCCGCGGCUGUGAGGAGCCCUCGGCCCGGGCCCCGCCUGUGGGAAACCGGGCCGAGGCCGGAGCCGGAGGACAUGGACAAACUGACCAUCAUUUCAGGAUGCCUCUUUCUGGCCGCCGACAUCUUCGCUAUCGCCAGCCUGGCGAACCCGGACUGGAUCAACACCGGCGAAUCGGCGGGUGCUCUCACAGUUGGCCUUGUGCGACAGUGUCAAACCAUUCAUGGACGUGACAGGACCUGUAUUCCUCCACGGUUGCCUCCUGAGUGGGUCACCACCUUAUUUUUCAUCAUCAUGGGAAUCAUUUCACUGACUGUCACAUGUGGCUUGCUAGUAGCUUCCCACUGGCGAAGAGAAGCAACUAAAUAUGCACGCUGGAUAGCAUUCACUGGAAUGAUCCUGUUCUGCAUGGCCGCCCUAAUAUUUCCCAUAGGAUUUUACAUCAACGAAGUGGGAGGCCAACCUUAUAAACUGCCAAACAACACGGUGGUUGGGUCGUCUUACGUACUAUUUGUUUUAUCCAUUUUCUUUACAAUAGUGGGACUCCUAUUUGCUGGCAAAGUGUGUUUACCCGGCUGACGAAUGUCUAGAUACUGCUUCACUCAGUCAUGAAGGAGAGUAGGACGUCUGACGCAUUCUCGGGAGGAUGCCAAUGUCGGGCUGUUGCAGUCUUACCGGAACGAGGAGGUCUCUGUGUUCUCACUAUGCACUUUGGAUUUUGAUUUUUGAGUUUCAAGCUGAGAGCCUUUCCCAUAACCAAAUAGACAACCUUGAUUCAUCUCCUGAGCAUCUGGAUGCAGUCAGGUGUGCACUGUGAUAGGAAAUAAUGUAGAAGGAAAAGGAGAAGACAAAGAAUUAUUCUCUACAUCGAGCAGCAUUAUUGAACCCCCUCCCUUUCAGCAUCACUGUACUCUACCCAUUUUAACUAUCUGACAAUUUUGAAAGUCUCAAAAGUAUUUAUGAACUUUGGUGGACCAGGGGUUUGCCAAGGCGUUGACAGUGGGGCUGGGCCUCACCUCUUUAGAAGAUUUGCAUCUUCCUUCUGUGAUAGGCAAGAAAUAUUUGCCGCCAAAAGUAAAACAAAAAUGCAGGUCGAUCUCACACUCACUGCACCCUGAAGCCAAUAGAUCAAAAGAUGUUCUCUGAAACCUGUUACAAAACAUCCGCUUUCUGCCGCUGCCGUUCCUGUGAGCUAUAGAAACACCAAGAAACAACUGGGGUGGGAAGGGUGGCUGGGAAUUCUUCCUUAUAUUUAUAUAAAUAUAUAUAUAUUUUGCUGAUGCAGUAUACAGAAUGUGUAUACAUAUAUAUGUAUAUGUAUAUAUACAGAGUCAGUCACACACAAACACACAUGCACACACAAGCUCCUGGACGAGAAUUCUUGAGCGCUUUUGCUAGCAAAAACACUGUGGUGUGCAGAAACUAGUACUUGAUAGGAAAAAACAAAAAAAAAAAAAACAAAGCCAUUUCUCUGAAGGCCGCAUAACUGGGGAAGUCUUCAGUUUACCUCAUUCUUUGUAGCAGCCCUUGGUUUUAACAGGUUUUUUGUAAUAGGUACAAACAACUCCAUGCCUUUCUAGGUGCAAUUUUAAGUUAAGCUAAGAGGUGUUUUUUUUUUUCUUUGUACGGUAAUUUAUUUGUAUAUUGGGGUAGAAGGCAAGAUCAUGUCAUAGUUUUAAAAAGUUUGACCCCAGUGAUGGGACAUUACACUACUUAAAUUAUGAGCAAUGGUUGUGUUACAGAAUAGCCCCCCUCUCUCCCCCCACUCCUUUUUGGCUUUGUCUGUUACAUUGAUACAAAUUUCUGCACAGGAAAAUCUGAUGCAAGAUAUGUCGGUUUGGCUGUAAUGUGAGCUGCAUGGCUGGGGAGCAAAAGAGGACGAAUCCCUCUUUCAUUUGCAAGUAUCAAAUAUUAAUGCUUGCGAGUGGCCGUGUUACCACAACAAAAGCAACUUGCUGAUCUAGUGUCCCCAUGUCUGGUCUGGUGGUCCACACAUCAGACAUGGGUGUUUGCUAUUGGGGGCCUUCGCAACGCAUCACAUUGUCUCCCAGUUGUGUUUUCUCCGAGUGUAGCAUUGCAUUCCUCACUCAGUUAUAGGGCUACCUGCUGGUUUCUCUGGUCAAGGGCCUACCCAAGGUGAACAGCGGUCUGCAGCAGCCAGAAGGAAGACCCUGAGCAGCAGCCAUUCUCUGUAACAUGCUGGACAGCUCUGCUUGUCUUCCUUGUUGUGAAUAAGCCAUCGACAUCGACAUUCCUUGACCAGUCUUGCUCGCCCUGGCAGCUGCAGUCUGUAUACGGUUCUUGCUAGUGUGUGGGCCUUGGCAGAUGCCCAGAAGUCCAGCCCUCGGUGCCAGUCUUGCUUAGCUAAAUGUCUUCUGCUGAAUAGAUGUGGUAGGUGCUCAGUGUAAUCUCUUUUUGAACAAAAAUGUAGUUUGGAAGAAUUUGGACCUCGAAAUAGUGUCAAACACUAGCCUCCAGUUCCUUAUUACAACAAUUCCUUUAGCAAUUAAGGAAAGGUGGUUGGGGAGUAACUGUAGCCCAUAAGAUGGGCCAUUGCCACCUACCAGAAUGAAACAACCAGCUGCUGCAUAUCUUUUGGACCUGGUUUGGAAUUCACUAUGGUCUCCAUGGAAUAAUGUAGAAUUGCUGGUGUGGCAGCAGCUGAUGCUAGGAUUAGGCAUUAAGGGAGCUGAGAGAUUCUGAUCCAUUUUGGUAUGCAAAUACAAUGUAUGGUAUAAAAACUGGGGGUCUCUGUGGUUCCGAAUGGUCAAUAACCUUCAAAUUAUGCAAACUUUCCCAUUGUAGUAUUGCUAUACAGCAAGAGACUAACUUGAUUAUGUCUUUCAGCUUUCCCCAGUCUGGUGUCCUCCAGAAGUGUUGGAUUACAACUCCUAGCAUCCCCCAGCCAUAAUGCUGAGAAUUAAAGUCAGACCUUUUUGGAAGGUGCCAGUUUAGGGAAGUCUGAUGCAUUGGAAUCUCUUCUCCAUUGAACUUAUCAAAGAUUGUGAAUUUUUUCUCCCUCUGGAAUAUGUGACACUAUUUUUUUUCCUGGCAUGUUUGAUAGUGAAACACAUAAUCUCUUCACUCAGCAGGCUGAGGAGUUCUCGCAAAAGUACUUAGGAGUGCUAAGAGGUUUUAGUAGUUUUCUUAAGAUAUACCCUUGUCUGAAUUUUCUGGGUUUGGUUUUGAACAAUUGCUUUUAAAAAUUGUGCUAUGUUGGAAAGAUUAGAUCUUAAUAGGAUGUUACUGACCAAAGCUCUAAGCUUUGAUGUGAAUUUCUAAUUUGAGGAUUUGCUAUUUAACACAGAUGAGUAAGCUGAUAAAACGUUUUGACUUCUCUGUCCUCUGGAGAGCAAUUGAAUGCAUUGCAGCUGCCCAGUCCCUUUACUGCUUAAAACUGCAACAAGAAAACCAACUUUCUCUCCUAAAGUUGAUACGGGAUAAUUCAGAGGUGAUGGUUUUUCCUGGAAUUCUUUUCCCUGGUCAGCAUUCACUUGCCAAUACUGUUCCUACCUCUGCUCCUAUGCUUUUAAUGGCAGCUUUUAUAAGUUUGCCCAGAUCAAUGCUGUGUAUCUGGCUGGUGUUUGGAGACACAGGAGCAGGAUCUGCUGAGAACAAGAAAAGAAAAACUGGUAAUUCCUAGCCUUCUGCAGCAUUCAUCUGCCCACUUCUGGCCUUUCUGUGAGUGCAUAGUUCAUACUAUGGCCUUCCGUUUUGUCUAGUUUGAUGCAAUGGCUGUUCUGAGAACAGGAAGCUGAGAACAUGAACUUACUUAGGUGGGCAUGUGAUUUUUGGUGGAGCUGUGCUCUCUACAGUGAGAUCACUUAUCUCCUCUGAACCUUUCUGUAUGUGCAUUUUCCUCCCCAUGCAUGCACAUACAUACACCAAUCUGUCUCUUACCAAGCACUACUGGCACAUCCCGCAGAGAUGAGAACUUGCCCUCCUAUUCAAGAUUCAGUCUCAUUCUAUCUUAGAAGCUCACACUAGUGGCAAAACUCAUCUAAGGAUUACAGUAUUGGUGCUCAGGCAAAAAAUGUGCAUUCUUUUUUCCCCCGCAACUGUUCCAUCCCCAUCUCAGAAGGGGAAAAAAAGUUUUCCGAAGCUUAAAUCUUCUGGCCCGUUUACUUAAUGUUGAAAACACAUGUGCAGCACAAUGUUGCUAAAUUUAUUUUAGACCAAAAUAAUCACUCAAAGACAGUGAGAGCUCCCUAAAUACCAUGUGUAAGUUCUAGGACUAGUUUCCUUAUGGAAUUGUAAAAAUGGGAUUCAUUUGUCAAGAGGGGGCUUUGAAUGGGAGAAGCAGAAGCCUUGACAUACACCUGUGGGUAAACAUGCCCCCUCCCACAGCCCUUAUCAAUAGCCUCAAAGUCUCAAGUCUUUUCUACAGUUCCUGCUUUUCAGGAGCAGCCUUCACUUUUAAAUUGAACUGACACUGUUGCUAACUUGGUUGAAAGACUUGUACUCCUAAGGCUAAACAGAGAGUCUGGAGGCCAAAGGAAAAUUAGGAGGAAUCCGAGCCAGAUAAUCCAAAAUGUAUUAAGAAGAGCAGCCCCCAAAAGAGCCAGCCACACCCCACCGAUGUGCACACAAGGAAAGGGGGGGGGUUCUCUAAGUGACAUUCUUGCCAGAAGCUCCACCACAGGAGAAUUGCAUCCCCUCCCACCAAAAAAUACCAUACGGCAACAUUUUUUCCUAUGGCUAACUAUAACUGGAAGAGAAUAUUGCCCAUGUCAAACUGUGAUCCCACUUACAUUGGUCUGUGGUGGUAAUACAUUCACUGGUAAUUCAUUCACUGGGAUCAAGCUCCGCAAACGGGAGUUUGACUAACCCACAGGCAUUUGUGAAACCACGAUAGCGCCAGCUAGCAGAAUGCAUAGAUAUUUGGCUUUUCCGUUGGUGUACCUUGAAAUUAAAUUGUUUUGGUCUUGGGUAAGGGGUGGGCUGGGAGUGAUCUUGUAACUACAAAAAGAGGUGGGAGGGAGAGAGAAUCCACAGUUGCUUUUAAUAAAGUCACAGAGUGCAGUAUUAAUUUAUAGCAGAAAAACAUAUCUUGUAAACUGUAUAUAAAACACAGUUUUAUGGUGCAAUUGUUCGUCAGCCUUUUGUCUGUUAUGUUGGGGAGGGGGGAUUUGAUGUGUACGCAUUUUUCUCAUACCUAAGAGCAUCAUGCUGAAACUGCAAAGGAAUCGUUACUGCUUCUGUUCAUGCAAAGGUUCUUUUAGGGAAAAAAACCCCCCGCUUCCAGGCUUUUUAAUAAAUACCUGUGCCCUUAAUUUGGUUUGGCGUGUGUAACUCUUUUUGUCCAAGGAUAGGGUGAGUGUUCACAUGAAGCCUUUUUAAAACUCUGCCAGCUUUAUAGCAGCUCAUUUGUAUUAAUUCAAACACUGCACUGCUAUUUCAUGAACCCCCCCCCGCCCCCUUCCAAGUUUUGAUGUCCUAGUAUGCAGAAUUCUCUUAACACCCUCAUUCUGGGUAAAUUAAGUUCUUUCUGCAAUCAUGUUGACAGGCUUGUGGUAACCUUGUAUUGCUCCUUGUCUCUGUGGCCAAUGCAUUUCACACUGAGGUUUUUUUUCCCCUUUCCUGUUGAAAUGUUUGCAGUGUCAUUUCUCUCAAAACAGACCUGGAUUUCUGGUUCCUUUCAAUAUGUUAUUCUGCCAGAUGCAGCCCCUUGUUUCUGGUGUCUGUAUGAGAAGUCUUAAAGCUUUGGCCUGGCUUUGCGAAUUUAACAUUGCCGAAUUAUGCCUGAACUCCAACUGCAGGAGUUAGGAAUCAGGGUUCUUUUUCCAUCCAGUUUGCUUUUAACAGAUUCAGAAACACAGCAAAAGCUUAGUCCUCACCUACACCCACAUAAGUGUAUUUAAAUGGCUGUUUGGUCUGCUGUUAAAUUUAUAAAACCUUGUGAAGGAUAUAAAAGGAUGAAGGAAAUGGCAUUUUAACGGAGGUUUUUCUACCUAGGAGCAGCUGGUUGUUGUGUCCCUAUUCCAAGGUAUUUAAAACUUUGGCCUCAAGGUGUUUUUUUUCUGGUGGCUUUUUUCUUCCUUUGCCUGUGCCCACUCCUUCCACUGCACUCCCACCAUCCUGCAGCUGUUACGAAUUAUUUUCUAAUUGGUUAGACCUUUUUUUGCAAUUAAUUUCCAAACAAAUUGUUAAUACAAACUGUAUAAAAUGAACAUAAUUUUCUUCACUUGUAUUUUUGUUAUUGAGCAAGUUUAUCAAAAAUAAAUUGUCUACUUAAAAA